GACGUGGGUUUGAGGAAAGAAAAUUUAGGAAAAAGAAAAGAAAAGCGAUCUCAGCCUAACCGGAAAACCAAAGGCCCAGAGGAAAGGAAAUCGUCCCGAUAGCCCCACGCUGACAGGUCUGAGGUGACGACAAACUAGUAACUGGGGUCCCAUCCCUUUGGUCUAGUCCCACGAUCUCAAUACUUGAUGAAGUCACCAUCGCAGACUAAAUUUCGACUCCGAGAUAUGGUACAAUUAUCCCCACAAACUGCAUCCAGGAAGCGGCAGAAGGUCUCUGUUGCCUGUACUUCAUGUCGCCGGAAGAAAUCGAAAUGCGAUGCUAUCCGUCCUAGUAAGCUUGUCCAAGCCUCAUUCCAAGCGGCAGUUCUCUAACCGUCAAUGAAGUUUGCACUCCUUGCAAAAAGAGUGACGAGGAGACAUGUUUCUAUCCGACUGGUGGGAAAUUUGACCGUGAAGACAAAGCACCACCUCAUAUCAACACUGCUGAAUCGGCCUUGCGCAAACGGCCAGAUGUUGGUGUUGGAGAUGGAUUUCUCCCUCAUGCUGUCUCGACAAGGACAGGCCCAUCGAUGAGUAUUCAAACUGAUCAGCGAAGCCUGUCAGCUGGGCCCAAUACUGUGGACUCUAUGAACGGCAUGACGGGAGACCCAACGCAGAGUGCAGAGGUCUUCGGAAGCAGCAGUGCUGGCUCAUUCAUGCGACAAGUACAAGCGGCCAUGAAUGUCAAGCAAGGCGCACCAGCGGUGUCUGCUCAAGGCAGUGUAGCACGAAUGACGAAGCACUCCGCGGAGGACGUUCCUCUUUCCGACGCUGAAGAAGCGGAAUUAGCAAUUCUCCCUCCCAAAGAACUAGCGGAUUCCCUAAUUCAGGCCUACUGGCAGUUUGAAUGGCCCUUAUACCCGAUCAUAGACCGACGCAAUAUCACGGCAGUGUACGAGUCGCUCUGGACGGUUCCGAGACCCGGGUUCUCGCUCACCUCCAUGAGCAUCAUCAAUCUGUGUUUUGCACUGGGAUCUCAGUACUGCGCGUUGCUACCACCACAGCAGCUUAGCUCUCUCAGCCAGGAUUUCUUUUCGCGCGGCGAGCAGUUAUUUCAACGGUCACAGUAUACCCCAUCUUUGGAUAAAGUGCAGUGUCUGCUACUAUUUGGUAUUUACCUGCAGAGCACAAAUCACGUUCUGCGAUGUUGGAUGACCGUGGGCGAAGCCAUACGAAUGGCCCAGAGCUUGGGCCUCUAUCUCGACCAGCAUGCCCCAUGCGACACCGUCGGCUAUCGAGAAUAUACGCGACGUACAUGGCACGGCUGUGUUUGGUUGGAUCGAGUAUUAUCCGCAACGCUCGGCCGUCCGGGAAUGAUCCCAAAGUGGCUUUUCAACUCGAUCCCAUUCCCAUCAAUGAUUGAUGACGAAUUCUUUGAAACACAGCCAGAGGGAUCCGAGAAGCGACCAGAUGGAAAACCCUGCAUAUUGGCCUUCGCUGGAAAGGCGUUUGAACUGUACCAAAUCCUCGAUGACAUCCUCCUGGAGAUAUACCUUACGCCGAAUAAGGAGGCGGGGCUCGAGACAAAGCUCCCAAAUGUACUUGAAAUAGACAGAAGGAUACACAGCUGGCGACAGUCCCUUCCCAAUUAUCUGAAAUUUGACUCUGCUGCUAAUGACGACGGGUCUAUCAUGCACCGACAAGCAACAGUCUUGAGAAUUCGAUCACUACACAUUCGCAUACUACUGUUCCGACCCGUCUUGAUAAGCUACUGCAAACGCAGCAACCCAGUAUCUACCGAAGGGUUGCUGGAUUCUACCGACUCUAGUCUCACCGAAGUAAUGCUCUCCCAAUGCUCGCGCAUGUGCUUUCAGCUUGCGCACGAAUUGAUCGGCAUAUUCAACAACAAACUCGAUCCCAAGGCGCCCAAUCUGAGUCCGCUUCCAUCAUGGUGGUAUUCCGUGCUAUAUGUAUUCACAGCAGCCACAGUGAUUCUAACCGAGCGAUUCCUCGAAGGCCGAGACAACGGUUCGAAGAAAGCCACGACCUCCCGCACCUGGGACGCUGCAAUGCACAUACUCGAGUCCUACAGCGUGAUCGCCGACUCGGCGAAAAGAUGUAAAGCCGCGCUCGAGGUUCUUUCAGAGAGUCUUUCCCUCGGCAAGACAGACAACAUCUGGCUCUGGGAAUCCUUCACGGAGAUGUACCGACUUCUUGGGGAGAGCUCGGGUGUUCCUUCUUUCGACUCUGAUGAUUUCUUGUGGUUGGGAUGA